GGUGUCAUCGGUAUCAUACGGACAUUGACAUAAAUAUCCGUAACGAAGAUCUUACAUAACAUUGACAUAUCGGUAGAAAAUAGAAAGAAAUAUUUUUGAUGUGUGUAAACAUUUCUUCCUAAGAGAAAUUUUGACUAUAAAUAAUCAUUUAAGUCACUUUUUAUUCAGUUUGUGUUGACCGCUCAACAAGCAAUUUAAAGAAAGCAACAUGAUCUCUAAGACUUUAACAACACUUCUUCUAGUCACCUACGUAGUAGCUGUUGAGGACAUUCCAACGUCGUAUGCUAAUUAUAAUGAUUACCAUAACACGGUAAAGCACAUCCAAUCUGCAUAUGCAAAGAAAGCUGAACCAGUUCAAUACGCCUAUGCCCAGCCACAGCAGUACUCAAAGCCAGAAGCGCCCUCCAAAGCGUAUUCAAGUCAUUCGUCUGGCUAUGCCACGCAACCACUACUUACCCUACAGUCCAACCCAGCACCUGCCAUAAAAUACACCCAUUCACAAGUACCCUCCCAAGAACGAGACUACACUGUUGGCUUAGGUGCAUACGGACAACAAGCAUCUUCUUUAGGUGGCUACGAACAGUACUCAGCAGAUUUGGGAUCAAAUAAUGUUCAGUACGCUGUUCCAGCUCAAGCCGUUCAGUACUCAGCACCCAAGCAGCAGAUUGUUCAGUACGCAGCACCUCAACAGCCUCAAUACAGUGGACAUAAAUAUGAAGAAGAAAAUACCCACCCCAAAUACGAAUUUUCCUACGGAGUAGAAGACCACCACUCUGGAGAUAUCCACUCCCACAAAGAAUCUCGUGAUGGUGACGUUACACAAGGAGAAUACUCCCUCCAUGAAGCUGACGGCACAGUCAGAACUGUCAAAUACCGCGUAGACAAACAUAGUGGUUUCCAAGCAGUAGUUGAAAAGUCUGGCCAUCCUCAACAACAAGCUCACCAAGCGAAGAACGCGUAUUAUUAAUUGUUGGUGUUAGAGAUCUCACAAACGCAGUAUUAACUAAUUUUAAGGGUUGUUUUUAUUUGUUGUAUAUGUAUUUAUGCUUUAAAAUAAUAAAAUUUGCCAAAGUAAGUGUUAUAUAA